UAAAUAAUUUCAAAUUCCUCCAAAUUUACAACUGCAGAAGAGCAAUGGACCAAGAGAUUGAGUCCAUUACCUAUUUCUCUUAUCGUCUCCGCCGUGACCGACCAAGAGAUUGAUUCGAUUUCUGAUUUAUCCUCUCGUCUCUGCCGCCUUCCGUGGUAUUUGGUGGUGCUUGUGUUUAACUUGGUAAAUUACUAUAAUCAGCUUAUUGUGAACGCCAGAGCUGGUGAAUAUGCUGCUACAAAAUUUGGUUCCAAGUUCUAUUGAAUCUGCUCUACGUUUUGCCUCUAUUCAUUGGGAAAAAGAUAUGUUACCUGGGUGGGUGGCUGCAAAAGCCUGGAAGGUUUGUUCAGAACGCAGCGAAUUCCCUCAGGAUGCUUCAAAUCCAUUGAAUACCAGCAGCUCUUAUGCAACUCCAGAAUCAAAUGGGAGGUGCAAGCGAAGAAAACUUCAGAAAAAGUCUGCUAUAGUAUUCCCAGUUGAGCCAGAAACUGAUGAAGCACCCACUAACACAUUCAAGUGUGGUCAUAUAAAGACAGAUAUUGUUUCUGGAAUUGAUGAUAGCGUUGAAUCUUCUAUCAUUUCUGGUGAAAAAUGCGAGGAAGGCAUUGGCAGCGAAUGCCACAGUGAUGAGUUGGUGAUAGGUGAAGACAUCCAAAUAAGAGAACUAUGCAUUUCUGUUCUCAGAAGUCAUGGGCUGCUUGUGGGAGAUUGGUGUAAGAGUGCAAGUGUUCCCACUAAAAUUGUAAGAAAUAAUAAGGGGAGCGACAGUUUCCAAUCCUGUGAGCUAUGCGUUAAUUUAGAUAAUACACUAAAUAUGUUGCUUUGUGAUCAUUGUGAAAAGGCAUUUCAUGCACCUUGCUGCAAUCCAAAGACAAAGAUGUCACCCACUGACGAAUGGUUUUGUCAAUCUUGUUCAAAGCUAGCUGGCAAAGUUUCACUAGAGGCUUCCUUUAUGAAAUCACAAAGCAUCAGUUGUUGCAAUGGAAUUCCUGAAUUUAAGUGGGGUCCAAUAGCGCUCAUGUUAAAAUACCCUGAGCCAUAUACAUCUCGUCCUAGAAUUGGUGGUUGUUUUCAAGCAACAGUUCCUGAAUGGUCUGAUCAAAUGUCCAAGGAUUUUGAUUCCAUUGGUGAGCCACUGGAACUGGAUCCAGCAGAGAUUGUUGGCUUACAUGGAUGCCCUGCGGACAAGUAUCUGGGUGCUAUUAGUAAUUGGCUCCAAUGUCAAGAAGUCUUAUAUGAUGGUACAGGAGAAUAUGCAGAAGGAACCAUAUGUGGGAAAUGGCGUCGGGCACCUCUUUCCGAAGUCCAAACUCAUGAUUGGGAUUGUUCUUGCUCUGUUCUUUGGGAUCCAUCCAAUUCGGACUGCGCUGUUCCUCAGGAGUUGGAAACAAGUGAAGUUUUAUUGCAAUUGAAGUAUAUAGAGCAGCUGAAAUCUCGCCUUGCGACUAAAAAGAUUGAUUUUCGUGGUUAGAAAAUGGUGGUGAUAUUUCAACACUCUUGUAAGCAUACAUACAUACCGUUGGCAACUAAGGCAUAAAUCAGAAGGUUCCUCUAAUAACCAAUCAUUAUGUUUGUCCAAUUUUCAUACACCAUCAAAGUUUCCGUUCUUCCCUACAAUGGACAAGUUUUGGCAUUUGUUAUUUAUCAGUUUGUGUGGAGAAUUUUCAAGUAUAAUCGAUGUUGUAACAUGUAAUUUUUUCGAUAAUUUUCUGUACACCAUUGGCCUCAUUUCUGGUCCAAACAACUGGGAUGUCGAGCCCUGUUCUACAUGGCUAGCUGGAGAUUUUGCCCCCUGACCAAAGCUGGUGAAACUCAAUCUGGAAGUCAAGCGACGACUAGGAGGUAUAGCAUUUUGCUCAUCCACACUAAUUUAUUCCCUGGUUGUCCUUCACUGGUUAGCGUCAGAAUUUCUUUCUGGAAAAAUGCACCAAAAGAAUAAUUUGAAGUUAUACAUUGCAUACGUGCU